AAUCGAGACGAAGGUCGGCUCGGGCGGGUCAGGGGCAGUAUUUCCUGGUUGAGGAGUGAAUGGGGCUGCCGUUGGUUGAGGAAUAAGCAUCUUUGGGGAGCCAUCCCCUUCGCCCCCUUCCUCGCCAUGGAAACGCUCAUCCCUGUCAUCAACAAGCUGCAGGAGAUCUUCAACACCGUGGGAGCAGAGGUCAUCCAACUCCCCCAGAUUGUCGUCGUUGGCUCUCAGAGCAGUGGGAAGAGUUCGGUGCUGGAGAGCAUUGUAGGCCGGGACUUCUUGCCACGGGGCUCUGGUGUUGUCACACGCCGUCCCCUCAUCUUGCAGCUGGUGCAUGUUCCCACAUUGGAGGAGAGGAGGCGGGCAGCUACGGGAGAAAGCGGUGUCCAGGCGGAUGAGUGGGCCACCUUCCUUCACUGCAAACACAAGACAUUUACUGACUUCCGUGAAAUCCGACAGGAGAUUGAGAUUGAGACUGAACGGACAACCGGGACCAAUAAGGGGAUCAGCCCAGAGCCCCUCUACCUGAAGAUCUACUCUCCCUAUGUGCUGAACUUGACUCUUGUGGAUCUGCCAGGAAUCACCAAGGUGCCUGUUGGGGAUCAGCCCGCUGAUAUUGAGGUUCAGGUCCGAGAUAUGAUCCUGUCCUACAUCUCCAACCCAAACUGCUUGAUCCUGUCUGUGACCGCUGCCAACACUGACAUGGCCACAUCAGAGGCUCUAAAACUUGCACGAGAUGUGGAUCCUGAUGGGCGAAGGACCCUGGCUGUGAUCACCAAGCUGGACCUGAUGGAUGCUGGAACAGAUGCCAUGGAUGUGUUGAUGGGUCGAGUCAUUCCAGUGAAGCUGGGCAUCAUUGGGGUGGUCAACAGGAGCCAACAUGAUAUCAACAGCAACAAGAGCAUCAGCGAGUCUUUACAGGAUGAGCAGGGUUUCCUGCAGAAGAAGUACCCCUCGCUCGCCAACCGAAAUGGCACACGCCACCUGGCCAAAACCCUCAAUAGGCUGCUGAUGCACCAUAUUCGGGACUGCCUGCCUGAAUUGAAGACCCGGGUGAAUGUGCUCACAGCCCAGUACCAGUCUGUGCUGCAGAGCUACGGGCAGCCCAUUGAGGACAAGAAUGCUACCUUGCUUCAGAUCAUCACCAAGUUUGCCACCGAAUACUGCAACACUAUCGAAGGCACAGCUCGCAACAUUGAGACCUCGGAGCUGUGUGGUGGUGCCCGGAUGUGCUACAUUUUCCAUGAGACCUUUGGUCGAACCCUAGAGUCCAUUGAUCCAUUAGCUGGACUUACCAUGCUGGAUAUCUUGACAGCCAUCAGAAAUGCCACGGGUCCCCGUCCAGCCCUCUUUGUCCCUGAAGUCUCCUUUGAGCUCCUGGUGAAACGUCAGAUCAAGCGCCUGGAGGAACCCAGCCUUCGCUGUGUGGAGCUGGUGCAUGAGGAGCUGCAGCGCAUCAUCCAGCACUGCUCCACCUACAACACACAGGAGUUGCUGCGUUUCCCCAAGUUGCAUGAGGCAAUUGUAGAGGUGGUGACGGGAGUCCUACGCAGGAGGCUGCCCAUCACCAAUGAGAUGGUGCACAACUUAGUUGCGAUUGAGCUGGCUUACAUUAACACCAAGCACCCGGACUUCAUUGACACAGCAGUGGUCUCUGCCUCGGUGAGCGGUUCUAAGAAUGAAUCUGUUCCAGAUGGGACCCGGCGAUGGAAAAGUGAAAAAGCAGAUGAACCCAUAACUGAGGACAGGUCCAAGGGGUCCUCCCAGACUUCAGUCUAUUCCAGCCCUAGUCGGUCCCAUGCAGUCAACCUGCUAGACACGCCCAUGCCUGCUACGCGGAAACUGAGCCAGCGUGAACAGCGAGACUGCGAGGUCAUCCGGCGCCUUAUCAAGUCUUAUUUCCUCAUUGUGCGUAAAAGCAUCCAGGACAGUGUUCCCAAAACAGUGAUGCACUUCCUGGUGAACUAUGUCAAGGAUCACCUUCAGAGUGAACUGGUAGGACAGCUGUACAAGCCCCAGCUCCUAGACACGCUCCUCACAGAGUCCGAGGACAUGGCACAGCAGCGCAAUGAGGCCGCCAAUAUGCUCAAGGCGCUUCAGAAAGCCAGCUUAACCAUCUCAGAGAUCCGCGAAACUCAGCUCUGGUGAGCUGCAUCCAGAGCUUUGGGGAAAUCGCACCUCAUUGAAUGCUACUUGUCCAGUCUUAUGUCCAUUCAUUUGUGCAGCACGCAGAAGUCUUUGGAGCUGUUUCCGAACAGGAGCACUGAGCCGGUGGCCAGGGCUUUCUCUCGUUCCUUUAUAGAGUUGAAAGAGCCUGUCCACAUUUAACUGCAGGCCUGGGCUCUAGGAAACAUUCUGGUGUCAACAUUCCUGGACUGAAUAGAAAAGCCCAGCUUUCCUGUACUGCCUCAUCCACGUCCCUUGCAUUCCCAAGCCUGGUAGUCCAUCAGUGUUAAAUGACUGUUUUGUCCAGUUUGAAAUCUGUUUCUCCACCGUUGCACCCUUGGGCCACUCUUUAUUCAUGGCAACCCCAUCCCCCAAAUCUUGGUGCAGUCAGUAAAUGUUUGGAUCGAGGCGGCUGUGUCAAUAUAUGUGUAUGCCCACCCAAGCACUAGGAGCAGACACUCAUGUUGAUGUGGACCUAUGGGCGAAUGCAUUGGUGUUGCUAAUUUUCUUUAGGUGGAUAAAGAGGCCCUAUGUACCUUUCGAUUUAGUAAAACCUGUCUGGAUGGGGAAUCUACUCUGUGUCAGAGCUGGAGCUGCAAAUGCCAGAGCUCGCUCACCUUGAAGCAUAUCCCCACUUUCACCUUUUUCAUCCAGGUCUCAUGUGCAAUGGUGCCAUUUACUUGAAGCUGCCACACUUUCUGAGGAGCUGUGGGAGAUUGAGACAGAGUCUGAACAACCCUCAUGUUUGCAUGCACCUCUGAGCCAUUGCAGAACCCACAGUGGACCUGCACAUUUCAUGAAAUAAAAUUGUGGGAAAU